AUGGCGAGUCUUCUUCAAUCAUCAUCAUCAUUUGCUGAAGUUUCUGAAAGAGAUUUAGGUCAGUUUUAUAGUAAUAGAUCUGCCUAUGUCAUUUCAUAUGACAAGUUAAAGGAGAUGGCAGGAAAGUUGAAAAUUAAAGAAAUGGAAUACAUUGAAUUUCUGGACACUUUUACUAAAUCUAUGAGCAUCCUUUAUCUUCCAUCAAUUGUGAAAGAUUUUGUUAUUCUUCGUCCAGUAGAAUUUAUUAACCAACUGUCUACUCUUUUUAAAAUACCUUAUGGCAAAGAAGAUUUUAAUGGAGUUUACACAAUGGAGCAAUUAAGUCAAAACAAAGAGUUAGCCAAUGUCAUUGCAGAUAUUCUGUCAUCACUAGGAAUGGCAUUGAAAACUACUAGUGACAAAGUAGACAAACGGAUAUCAGCAUUAAGUGGCCAACCUAGCACAUUACUCUACAUACCUUUAGCAAGAAGUGGCAGAAUAUUAGAGAAAUCAUUUAGUACAUCAUUGUACAUAAUUUUUGACUCAAAAUUGACUCUACCAAACUUCCUGUCUUUUUUUGCUUCAGAAUUACUGAAGCUUAGAGGAUUUUCUCUACUUACUAGUGGAGAUGAUCAUAAGUGUCAUCCAAAUGUCUUGAGAGUGUUACUAAUAACUUCACUUGGUCAUGAAUACAUCUUCUUUUUUGUAUUUCAUAGUAUUCAUAUUGAAGUGGUAAUAGAUAGUUAUCGAGAAUUUGGCCUAAGUAAUGUUCUUGAAAAAAUUCUAUUCUGCUGUCAAGAAGCAUUGUCAAAAAUAAGUAGCAUUGUUACAAAAUUUUCCUUUAAGCUGGCAUUACAGUGUCUGAGACCUGACCAGGUACACACUUCUAAAAAAAUUUUUGAGGAGCUAUCAAAGAAGCAACUGUGCCAUCAAUGUGAAACAACAGUAAGUGUAGUCAGAAGAAAAUGGAAAGAAACUAUUCAAAAGAUACAUGAGGAUGAAGAAACAAGGAAAGGUAGAUCUAAAUAA